GGCCGGGAUUGGCCGCGGAGGCGCGGUCGGCGAAAGGCGGCAGCAGGCAAAACUCCGGCGCGUCGCGGCGUCCGCGUGCCCAGGAGUGGUCCUCAAAGUCUUGGAUUUUGUACUUUGGGUUUGUUUUGUGAUGGAGACCGUGUUGAAGCCUCACUGUGAUGAGCAGCACCCUCACCAGGCUGCAGACGUCCAUGGGAAGCAGGAGCAGAACAGCAAGCUCUCCGCAGGAAUAAAAAGAGAUAUUGAAAAACUUUAUGAAGCAGUGCCACAGCUUGUAAAUGUGUUCAAAAUUAAGGAAAAAAUUGGAGAAGGUACUUUUAGUUCUGUUUACUUGGCCACAGCACAACUACAAGCAGGACACGAGGAAAAAAUGGCUCUGAAACACUUGAUUCCAACCAGCCACCCUCUGCGCAUUGCUGCUGAACUUCAGUGCCUCACAGUAGCAGGGGGACAAGAUAACGUUAUGGGAGUUAAAUAUUGCUUUAGGAAAAAUGAUCAUGUGGUUAUUGUUAUGCCAUAUCUGGAACAUGAAUCCUUCUUGGACAUUUUGAAUUCUCUUUCCUUCGAAGAAGUGAGGGAAUACAUGUUUAACCUGUUUAAAGCACUGAGGCGCAUUCAUCACUUCGGUAUUGUUCACCGUGACGUCAAGCCCAGUAACUUUCUCUACAACAGGCAGCUAAAAGAGUAUGCCUUGGUAGAUUUUGGCUUGGCACAAGGAACCCCUGAUACGAAAAUUGAGCUGCUCAAAACUGCUCACUCUGAAGAGCCGCAGGGAAGUUAUUUGCAGAAUAAUCCCAGCAGAGCCUCGGCCAGUGGGGUUUCUGUCAGUGUCGCGGCACCGAAACAGGCAGCUCAGCAGCCGGCCUCCAAAGCAGCAGAGAAAAGGCCCAGCUCGCUGUACAAAACUCCGACGAGACCAGGAAGAGCAGGAAAGGAGGAUUCUGCGCACCCUUCUGUCCAGCGCUCUGUCUUCGGAGAGAGGAAUUUCAAUGUCUAUAGUUCCACAUACCAGGAGAACUCAAAUACAAAACUCAUAAAACAAUCCAAGAUGAUAGACGUUUCAUCUAGGAAGUUAAUAACAAAGAAGAAGAUUGUUUCUACCAAAACACUGAGCAACGGGGCAGCCAGGAAAGCUGCCAGUGGUUGUCCCUCAAACCUGACCUGUGACUGUUACGCAACGGACAGAGUUUGCAGUGUUUGCCUUUCAAGGUGUCAGCAAGUUGCUCCCAGGGCAGGAACACCUGGAUUCAGAGCACCAGAAGUGUUAACAAAGUGUCCCACUCAGACCACAGCAAUUGACAUGUGGUCUGCAGGAAUUGUAUUCCUCUCUCUGCUCAGUGGACGGUAUCCAUUUUACAAAGCAAGUGAUGAUUUAACUGCUUUGGCACAAAUCAUGACAGUUCGUGGAUCCAGAGAAACCAUUCAGGCUGCCAAAACUUUUGGUAAAUCAGUUCUGUGUACCCAAGUUGUCCCAGCACAAAACUUAAGAACCCUCUGUGAGAAGCUGAGAGGAACCAACAGCAGCUGCAGGAGAGCCCAGGGUGAAGUGCCCAGCAAGUCUGUAAAUGACUCAGCUUUGCCAGUUGCAGCAGACAAACCGUGUGCUCCUGAGACACCCAGAAAACAAAUUCAACACGUAAAGAGCCUUCAGGAAGGUGACGGUGCUUUGGAAAUGAAGGCAACAGACAUGAAAGGAUGGGAUCAGGUUCCUGAUGAAGCAUAUGACCUGCUUGAUAAGCUACUAGACUUAAACCCUGCAACAAGAAUAACUGCAAAAGAGGCUUUGCUGCAUCCUUUUUUUAAAGACAUGGGACUCUGAGAAGGUAUCAUAUUCUGUGAUUGCUUUCAUAUAUUUUAUGUGGAAAUGAGAUACUGAGGUAGUUUUACCUGGUUGCCCUCAACAUUUACACUCAUUGAAAUACCAUCACACUGAACUACUGAAAUUUUGUCUGUACAGUUGGACUGCAUAUGUAAGUUUAUUUUAAGAAAUACUUGUAGAUGUAAAAGUUAUGUAAACAACACUAAUAUGGUCUUAUCCUAAGAUAGUUCGGGGGGGUUAUUGCUGUGCAUACCUGUUCUCUGAGGAAGUUAACUGAUCAAACGGUACAAAAGAAACAAGUUUCACAAGCUCUAUGCUUAAUUCUUGAGAUAUUCCCUUAAAAUAUACAAAUUUGCCUUAAGGUAUGACUGAAAUAAGAAAGUGCUUGAGAGACUUUUUUCCAUACUUCCAUCUUUCUGCUUAGUUCCUUAUUAGUACAUGAGGGACUGAAAACAGAACAAAGUGUGUUAAUUUUGUUCAGACUAUUUUGAGAGAACAGUGUUGCUUUGGAAGUGUUGCUAGAGCAGGGCCAGGUGCUGGAGGUGAUAUCAUCAAAAGAAAAGCAUAAAUGUUUUAAAAGUACAUUUUUAUUGCUGUCUGGUCUUUCCUACUAGGAAAUAGUAAUAAAUAAAUGCAGUUACUCAUUUUGCAUAGCCUGUGUUUCCUCAGUGCCCUGGGCAACUGUCAAUAUUCAACAGCUACUGCCUUCAGAAUGUCGUGUGUGACAUGCAUAGGUUUGAUUUGUGUUAUGGAAAUUGAUUUUUUUUUAAAGAAUAUCUGUUAAAUAAAGGAUUUAUUCUUCA